AUGGCACCAACCUACAAUCGCGAUACUCGAGCUAGUGAGCUUGUUUCGUUCCAUGCCGCUCAAAUCACUGGAAAGAUUAUCCUCAUUACCGGCGCUUCGCCAGGUAGCCUAGGCGAAAGCUUUGUCAAGCAAGUGGCUGUUGCAAAGCCUGCUGUCUUUAUUCUGGCGGGUCGGUCGAUUCCGAAGAUGCAGGGUCUUAUCGACCAACUUCACACCACAUAUCCGGAAAUUGUGGUCAGGCCGCUUGCCCUGAAUCUUCUCUCUUUUGCCGACGUACGCAAGGCCGCAGAAACAGUCAAUUCGUGGGCCGAUGUGCCUCGUAUUGACAUCUUGGUCAACAAUGCCGGUAUUAUGGCCGUGCCAUACAAAUUGACUGAGGAUGGCCUCGAAAGUCAGCUCCAGACGAACCAUCUCAGCCACUUUCUCUUUACCAAUCUUCUCAUGAGGAAGGUCUUGGCUUCAAAAUCCCCACGGGUUGUGAUCGUCUCUAGCGGCGUGCACCGCAUUGGCCACAUUCGCUGGUCGGACUACAACUUCAACGAGGGUAAACACUACCAGAGGUGGCUGGCUUACGGCCAGUCAAAAACGGCCAAUGCCUUGAUGGCACUUUCCCUCGCGAAGAGACUUGGUUCGCAGGGUGUACUUGCCUUCUCAAUCUGCCCAGGUGUGAGUUAUACAAACCUCGCAGCACAUGGGAUGAAUGAUCAGGCCUCUUUCGCUGCGGAUCUUACGGAAAUGGACAAUAUGUAUGGGAAUAAGUGGCUGUGGGGCAUGGAUGAGAUGCACAUCAAGGAUAUUGAUCAAGGAGCCGCGACACAUGUCUUUGCUGCAUUCGAUACCAGCAUCAAAGAACAUAACGGUGCUUUCUUGAGUGACUGCCACAUUGCGAAUCAGGACCAGGAAGAAGUUUACUCUUGGGCAACAAGCGAGAUUGAUGCAGAGAGACUGUGGACUUUAAGUGAGAGACUUGUCGGUCAAGAGUUCAAUUACUAG